AUGGAUGUUGAUGACCAUUAUACACGUCGUUAUCCGUACAGUGUGGUUUGGACUCCGAUACCAUUUAUAAGUUGGUUAUUUCCAUUUAUUGGUCAUAUGGGAAUCACUACAUCAACUGGGGUAAUACGAGAUUUUUCUGGAUCAUUUUAUGUUGCUGAAGAUGAUAUGGCCUUUGGAUAUCCUACUAAGUACUGGCAGUUGGAUAUAAGAACUAUAAUUGGUGGUUCUAAAGCAUGGGAUAAAGCUGUUAAUGAAGCAUCGAUUGAAUAUUUCAAUAGAAUGCACAACCUACUAUGUGAUAACUGUCAUUCCCAUGUUGGCAUGGCAUUGUCAUUAAUGAAUUACAGUAAAAGCAAAAAUUGGAAUAUGGUUAAAUUAGCUUUGUACACUUUUAUUUUUGGAAAAUAUGUGAGUUGCAGUGCAUGGCUUAAAACAUGGGGCCCAUUCAUCAUUUUUGUGUUUGUGUGUUUUGGACUUUAUUCAUAUGGAAAAUAUUUCUAA